ACCCACCACACAAAUCACAAAAUGACGCCGCCGGACAACGCUACGUAAUAACACGCUCAAAAUAUUCCAGACAAACCCACAAAAGUGAAAAUUAUAAAUCCAUUUACCACAAUCUUCGGAUAUUGUUUAACUAAAUCGUGCAGUACGCGAAUAGACACGCACGCACGCGCGCUUCUGUGUCAAAACAAACCAGUGCUUUUGCGAUGUAAACAUGAACGAACGUAAGAUCUUGCUUUUUAUAUUAGCCGUGAUCGUUUAUAGCAUCUACAGUGUUCAAAUGUGGUUUACGAAACGGAAUGUUGAAGCGAACGUUGUACUGCCCGAGAAGAUUGCUGAGCCUACGAUCACUUCGGAAGAACAUCACAAAACUCCAGAAAUCCAGCCGCUCGCGUUAAAACCUGUUGUGAAACCAAAAGUCAUUCCACUAUAUAUAAAAGACGGGUGUAGCAUUUUACAAGUGUUCACUGAAAAACCGAUCGUGACGAAACGCAAACAUAAACAUCAUGGCUUGAGCACUGACAACAACACCGUCACAGUUAUUGGCAUUACCGUAUUCCUCUUAGUGCUGUUGCUCAACGCUAUACUAGAUGUACUCAAAGUGAAAGAAGAAGAACGAGCAAGAAGGAAGCUCAACCCUGACGGAGAAAGAAGGCAAUCGUUAGCAGAAUUUGCUAAUAAAAAAACACUGCGAAGAGAAUCAAGCAAGUUUGGGCUGCAGCUUUUUCAAAUUGUUGAAUCUAUUGUGAAUACCGAAGAAGAAGAGAAGAAGAAUAGCAGUCGCCAAACUAGGCCAUAUAAAAGGGGAGAUUCUACUAAUUCGUACCUAAGUGAAACACACAGGAAAUCUCAGGAGGGUUCAGCUCCGGCGUCUAUCGCCGAGACCCCAGCAGGAGACCCGAGACUCGUCAAAAGGCAAUCCGUAGCCAAGCUCUUUGAUAACAAAUUGAGAUGGCUUCCCCAGCGGCCUGUCUAUAACUACCAUCACUGCGAGUUUCGUUUCUGGAGGAACUGCAACUUGAAGACUUUGCCAUACUCCCUCUGGUAUCACAUGUUUAGGGACCAACAAACUAGAUGUCUCAAUAUUGGGUGUCUAGAUGCAGCAACUAGUCAAAACACAAAUAACAGAAAUAAUCAAUGCAAAUUAAAACUAAGUCAAGACUCCAAUGAAAUAGAAGUCACAAUCGAAUGCCCACCACAGCACAACGUUAUAUUAGACUCUAAGUACUAUUCCCCGCCUAGUUUGUACGAGAUUUGUAGGAGGCAGUUCUAUCAGAUGUUAACCACAGCUGUGAAGAAGCUCAAUCCACAAACGUACAAUUUUUAUUCCGAACACGUGACUGAGAAUCUUUACAACGAACAUAAUAACAACAACUUAGUUGAUCUACAAGAGAAUUUCCAUAGUAUCAACAUCGAUCCUAGAGAUGACAAAUAUUCAGAUGAGAAUGGGAACAAAUACAAAUCGGUUUCGGUAAAGGAGGCUGUUUAUAGAAAAGCUACGAAGCCAUAUUACGUACCGGCUGAUGUGCUAAGGGAGCAUUUUGAUUUCUUGCCCAAUGUACUGAUAUCGGAUUUGAGCAGUGGGCCAGUUUCAACGUGUGAGAAUUUGAACUGUAAGAAGGCAAUUUUUGAUCACAUCUAUUAUGAAUUUUGUUUUGGUGAAAUUAUCCUCAUCGAUAAAAUUGAAGACGUCCUCCUAAGUGCUACGUUUUGUUCCAAAUACUGUGCUGAUUAUUGGAAAAGAAGCAAAGACGCUUUAUCUUGGAGUUUAGAUUGAUAUUAAUGUGAAUAAGUUUGUGUUGUAAAAGAAUGCGAUUAAAAAUAAUUUAAUUUUGAAA